AGCCGGUCUGAGCUGGCCCACAGACUCAUAAAAUCAACAGGGCCUCGGGUACCCUCACCCAGCAUAUCCAAACUCUUGCAUCAAAGGUGCAGGGACUUGCUCACAUCGAGAAUCUGGUUGCUUUCUUGGAGACCAAGAAAAUGAGUUUUUGUUUCUACAUUUACUCCAGCAAUCCAUGAGGUUUCUUCUCUACUGUGCCUUCAUCCCCAUCCUGGGCCCUGACAAAGACAGUGUGACAAGUUCUGAGUCCCACAGGUGGAAUCCCAAACCAAGCAGCUCUUGCUGGUCACCCCAAGAUCUACUUAUACAUGAAGUUUUGAAAAUCAUCUCCUGAACCUCUUCUGACAGAGGAGCAAGACCCAGCCUCAUGUGCCAGGAGAACCAAGACCUCGCUGGUAGUACGAGGUCCCCUUCCAGUGGCCUGCUUUUCCACAGAUCCAAUCCUAGUUAACGUCUAGGGUGAGAGAAGAACAGCAUCAAGCCUCGGUACCGUCGCUCUGUUCAGCCUUGCCAGGGAUCAGGGUGUUGACAGAAAGUAUGUUCAAACAUCUUCGGAAAUGGGUCGUCACUCGCUUUUUUGGGCAUUCUCGGCAAAGAGCAAGGCUAGUCUCCAAAGAUGGAAGGUGCAACAUAGAAUUUGGCAAUGUGGAGGCACAGUCAAGGUUUAUAUUCUUUGUGGACAUCUGGACAACGGUACUUGACCUCAAGUGGAGAUACAAAAUGACCAUUUUCAUCACAGCCUUCUUGGGGAGUUGGUUUUUCUUUGGUCUCCUGUGGUAUGCAGUAGCGUACAUUCACAAAGACCUCCCGGAAUUCCAUCCUUCUGCCAAUCACACUCCCUGUGUGGAGAAUAUUAAUGGCUUGACCUCAGCUUUUCUGUUUUCUCUGGAGACUCAAGUGACCAUUGGAUAUGGAUUCAGGUGUGUGACAGAACAGUGUGCCACUGCCAUUUUUCUGCUUAUCUUUCAGUCUAUACUUGGAGUUAUAAUCAAUUCUUUCAUGUGUGGGGCCAUCUUAGCCAAGAUCUCCAGGCCCAAAAAACGUGCCAAGACCAUUACGUUCAGCAAGAACGCAGUGAUCAGCAAACGGGGUGGGAAGCUUUGCCUCCUAAUCCGAGUGGCUAAUCUCAGGAAGAGCCUUCUUAUUAGCAGUCACAUUUAUGGAAAGCUUCUGAAGACCACAGUCACUCCUGAAGGAGAGACCAUUAUUUUGGACCAGAUCAAUAUCAACUUUGUAGUUGACGCUGGGAAUGAAAAUUUAUUCUUCAUCUCCCCAUUGACAAUUUACCAUGUCAUUGAUCACAACAGCCCUUUCUUCCACAUGGCAGCGGAGACCCUUCUCCAGCAGGACUUUGAAUUAGUGGUGUUUUUAGAUGGCACAGUGGAGUCCACCAGUGCUACCUGCCAAGUCCGGACAUCCUAUGUCCCAGAGGAGGUGCUUUGGGGCUACCGUUUUGCUCCCAUAGUAUCCAAGACAAAAGAAGGGAAAUACCGAGUGGAUUUCCAUAACUUUAGCAAGACAGUGGAAGUGGAGACCCCUCACUGUGCCAUGUGCCUUUAUAAUGAGAAAGAUGUUAGAGCCAGGAUGAAGAGAGGCUAUGACAACCCCAACUUCAUCUUGUCAGAAGUCAAUGAAACAGAUGACACCAAAAUGUAACAGUGGCUUUUCAACAGGAGUAAAGCAAAGUCUCUAAAGCUCCUAGUACCUAGAAGCAUUAUGAAGCAGUCAACAAUUUAGGGGUACGAAAGCAGGAUGAGAGCCUUCAAAGUCUACCAGCACAAAGACCCCUGAGCCCCGCAAUUGUGAUCCCACAAGACAUGCAUCUCCACAAGGCUACUGUAUUAGAACGUGCAAUGCAUUUAUAUGAAACUGGUGUAUGGAAGACAUAGGUGCUCUCUUGAAAUCUUAAAUAUGAUUAUUUGAGCUCAUAUAAGGUGGAUUGGAGCAGAUAAAAUUAUCAAAAGUUUCAUGAACAGGCCAAACAAAAUAUUUUUUAAAGUUUCCUUAAAGAAGUUAUGAACUUUAGAAAGGAUCAGGGGACAAUAAUAAUCUCAUUUUGAUUCUACUGAUAAGAAUGACUCCACUUUUAAUGUGGACUUUUACUCAUGGAAAAAUUGUCUCCUAAUUUGGGGAGAUGAACCAACCAAUCAAUGACAACAAGAAAACGCUUACACAAAGAACAAUUUGAGGCUCUAACCUUCUCAUGUGGUACGUUUAGACAGAGGCUAAAUCUGCACACUAGAAUCUUGAUGAUACCUUCCUGCAAGACAGAAUGCUUUAGUUAAAAGUGGUGAUGAUAUUUCUUUCAAUCUGUAUUGGAUGGCUUAAAGGGCUAUAAAUCUGUUUAUAAAGAGCAUUUCCUGCUCUUCCAAGACAGCAAUGAGGAGUUGGAAGGUGCAAAGUCAGUAGAGAAGGGAAUGUAUCAUUAAUGCACCUGAGAAGAAACAGUUUCAUGUGUUCCUCCACCUAGAGUUUGUACUGGAAUGCUAUGUCUAAAGAAGAAGUGGGAAAGAGAGAGGAAUGGGAUGGAGCCCCACAGUCAAAAUGUUACUAUGUCUUUCUUUCCCUGACAGCCCAUCUUCCUAAAAGGGACCAGCUUAUGGAAGGCUCGACCUUGAGGGGAAGGUUUUACUGUGAAAGUCUUCUUCAGAUCCCCACCUGCAUCAUUCUGAAUGUGUCCUGGAAAAAAACUGGUACUCAAAGCUGCUUAGGAAUCAAAAUAUUUUCAGUGUGUUGAUUAAUAUAGUAAAUUUCUGAAACUGU